GACUAAUACUUUGCUUAGACUGAGAUGAAACCAAACGAUUCUGGACAAGGAGCUGCGAGGACUCUUGGGGAAUCCCGUAUGACCAUACGGGAUGAGAGGAUAUGGAGCAGGCUUGGGGCCACAUACUCGAUUUUAAGGUUCAGACAUAGUCCAAAGUGCAGACAAGACUGCAGUGACAUCCAGUGUGAACUCGGUGUGAACUGCUCCCCUCUGGAUUUUAGCUCUAAUCACAGCGGCGCACCCAGCAGAGCUGAUAAGCUAAAGGACAAAAUCAAUACCUGAAAAAUCAGAGUUCACCACUGUAACCAUGAGUGACGAGGAAAUAGAAACAGGAGAGGAGAAAGACUGGAGACAACUUGAACCCAACUACCCCAUCAAAAUCUUCCUGACGGUCUUUUACAGUCUCAUUCUGGUGACAGGUAUUGUGGGUAAUUCGGUCACUAUCAGAGUGACCCAAGUGCUGAAACGAAAUGGCUACUUGCAAAAGAAUGUGACCGAUCACAUGGUGAGUCUAGCGUGCUCUGACUUGCUGGUGCUCCUCAUAGGUAUGCCAGUGGAGCUCUACAGCGCCAUCUGGUUCCCCUUCUCGUCUACAUCGGGAAACGUUUCCUGUAAGAUCUACAACUUCUUGUUUGAAGCGUGCAGCUAUGCUACGAUACUCAACGUUGCCACGCUUAGCUUUGAGCGCUACGUGGCUAUCUGCCACCCGUUUCGCUUCAAAGCUUUGGGCGGGAAACGCACCUCUGCCCUCAUUACCUUUGCCUGGCUGGUGUCUGUGCUCGUGGCUCUGCCUUUGUUGGUUGCCACGGGAACCCAGGGCCACAUUCCCAUUAAAUCAGAUAUGCCUGUGCAGAAUCUGACCUUCUGCACCAACCUGAGGGAGCGCUGGGUGAUGUACAGGGUCAGCAUCUUCGUGGCUUUCAUCGUCUAUAUGAUAGUCUUGAUCUGUGUUGCCAUCAUGUGCCGAGCCAUGAUCCUGGUCCUGCGGAAAUCUAUGGGGUCCUUGGAUGGAGGUAUCGAUGGGAAGCCCAAGCAUGAAAGUUCAAGGGUCAAGAUGGCAAGGAAGCAGACCAUCCUUUUUCUUGGUCUCAUUGUGGGCUCCUUGAUGGUUUGCUGGCUUCCCAACCAGAUCCGUCGUCUCAUGAUGGCUGCUGUGCCCAAGUCCCGCUGGACCACGUCCUUCUUCCACAGCUACGUGACGCUUCACCCCGUGUCCGACUCCUUCUUCUACCUCAGCUCCGUGAUCAACCCCUUCCUUUACAACCUGUCCUCCAGGCAGUUCAGGGAGGUCUUCGUCCAGGUGCUGCGUUGCCACCUCACCAUCGAGCACGUCAACAAGCGCACCUUGCACAGCUCCAACGCCGCCUCCGCGCGCUCCCUGCGCCCCCUGCUCAAGUCACUGCGUCGGAACAAUACGAACCGCAACACCAAUGGACAAGACAAGACCUCUCCGACCUUCACGACCUUUCAGAGUGACUCAGGCGUGGCCUCGGACACGCAGAUGUCCCUCAGCCUGACUGAGCAGUCAAAUGUAGUCCUCAGGACAGAGACAGACGACCCACCAGACAGUGAAAUAUAAUCCUAGUUUUAUUGUUUAUUGCAACACAGGCAAUCUUUGUUAUAUCGUUACUACCAAAUAAAAUCAGAAGAAGAAGAA